CGAUUUCUAGUGUGGUCGUUAACCUCACCUGAAAUUUGGCUUUUAUAGUCCCUUUGUCUAAUAAUACAGAAGGAAAUAGAUCCACAUAAAACACUGAGCUUUUCAAAUAUCUAUUUAUUCUGAUUUUAAAUCUAUCAAAGCCACAUUGAGCAAAAACACAUUGCAUUCGACGUUCAUCCAAUUUUUCAACCUGACAGCCUACGUUUAUCCGACUAUUGUUUGUCUCGUGUUUACCGGUAUUUUCUCAUCCGGUUACCAGUUCAUUGGAAAGUGUUUUGAGCAACUCUCGGUUGAUGCAGGCAGUGUAGUUUUGUUUAGGUUUUCUCGGUAACAACAAAAUUGGUGAAAUGUGCUAUGGAAAUGAAACAUCCAUUCGUGUUAGCGGCUAUAGUCAUAUCGUUCGUAGUUAUUGUUAUCAUUUUUUUGACCAGUUCCAACAAUGAAAAGACUAGAGUUAUAGAUAAUCGUCCAGAUGUCCCGAGAGCAGUUAAAGGAUGGCCACAAGAAGAUUUGAAAUUGGGUCAAGUGUCAGGAGUAUCAGUUAAUUCAGCGAAUCAACCAGUUAUUUUUCAUAGGGUCGAUAGGGUAUUCGAUCAAUACACAUUCAACUCCACAUCUCAUUUCCAACAUAUAAAUGAAGGACCCAUUCGAGAAGCCACAGUUCUUACACUGGACCCAAAAUCUGGAAAAGUAUUAGGACGAUGGGGAGAUAAUCUGUUUUACAUGCCACAUGGUAUAACUAUAGAUAAAUAUGAUAAUCUGUGGAUCACUGAUGUUGCCAUGCAUCAGGGAUUUAAGUUUAAACCAGGAGAACUUCAACCUACGCUAGUAUUUGGAGAAAAAUUCACACCAGGUUCCGACGAAAAUCACUUAUGCAUGCCAACAUCAUUUGCUAUAGCCACCACAGGGGAAAUUUUUUUGGCAGAUGGAUACUGCAAUAGUAGAGUACUGAAAUAUAAUGCUCUUGGAAAGUUAUUGAAGAUAAUACCUAGUAGAGAUGAAUUCUUACCCCUCCAAAUUCCUCAUGGGAUAACACUCAUAGAAUCCCUUGAUAGGAUAUGUAUUGCUGACCGAGAGAAUAUGAGAGUUGUAUGUCCUAGAGCAGGCCUGUAUAACUUACAAGGAAAAAAAUAUCCUCCCCUUAUAAUACAAAAACCAGACAUGGGAAAGGUCUAUGAUGUGUCAGCAAAAGGUAAUUGGAUAUAUGCUAUCAAUGGACCGACUUCAUCAUUGAUAAAUAUUGAGGGACUCACAAUUGAUCCAGAAACUGAGGAAAUUAUUGACAGAUGGUCUCCACCAGAGGGUUUUGGACUACCUCAUGCUAUAGCAGUUUGCCCUAAUGGUUCGAGCUUGUAUGUUGCUGAAAUACAUCCGAAUAAGAUUUGGAAAUUUGAAUUGGUUGCACCAAAUUAGGAACGAGUAGAGAACUUAGAUUAGGUCAGAUCAUAUGUGUAUUGCAAUAUCGAUAAUGAUUUUGUAUGAAAUGUGAUAUGUUAUUGUUGAUUAUCAUUCUGUUGGAACUUCUGAUAUAUUAGCUUUAUGUUUCAAUAAGUUAUUUUCAUACAACAUAUUGUAAUCACAACAUCUGCGAUACAAAAGAUUUUUCGACUGGCAAUGUGAUGCUGGUCAGAGAGCCAUACAUGCGAUGGUCGAUCAACACAAUAUAAAUUUGAUUGAAGGAAA